AUGAAUAAUUAUCCAAUUAUUACUAAUACAAUUCUCAAUUUGAGAAAUUUGGGAUUUGUUGAUAAUAAUUUUAAAUUUGAUGUAUUAUCACUUGAAGAUCGUUAUAUAAGUAUAAAAGAACAAGAUGGUGAUAAUUUGACAGUUGCAAUUAUUGAUUUGUAUAAUAAUAAUUCCAUUAUUAGAAAACCAAUGAAAGCUGAAGCUGCUAUUAUGAAUCCUAAUAAACCAAUUAUUGCUCUAAGAGCUAAACUUGAUAAUAAUUAUUCUAUUCAAGUAUAUUUAAUCUAUACAAAUUUUAGUUAUUAUCAAUUUGAUCAACGUAUAAUAUAUUGGAAAUGGUUGAAUAAUAUGGAAUUAGUAAUAAUAACAGAAACAUUAGUAUAUCAUUGGAUGAUAGGUUCAAAUCCAAAAUAUAUGUUUGAAUUAACAGGGAAAUUAUUAGAUUCUAAUACGAAAAUUGUUGGUUACUCGAGUGAUAUUACAAAUAAAUGGUGUCUAGUGUUUGGUAUAUAUUCUAAUGAUCAAGGUGUCAGUAUUGAUGGUGUAAUACAAUUAUAUUCUGUAGAUAAACGUCAACAACAAUUAUUUGAAGGUUAUGCUGGUACUUUUACACAAUUACGUACGAAUAAUCAGACACUUAAGAAAUCCAAUCUAUUAAUCUUUUGUGAACAUAAAAAAAAUACACAUAAUAUCAAAUUACAUCUUAUGGAUAUUGGUUCCCUAGGACAAUCUAAUACUAGUAACGGAGUUAGUAGUGGUGUAGGUACCAGUGUAGGUACUACUGGUACUACUACUGGUGGUACGGAUAUAUUGAAAAUAAAUUGUAUAAUGGAAAGAAAUGAAGAAUUUCCUAAUGAUUUUCCAAUAUCAAUACAUGUUUUUGAUUCAAAUGGAAUUAUAUUAAUUCUAACAAAAAAUGGUUUUGCACAUUUUUAUUUUUCUAAUACUCUAACACAUCUUUUCACAGUAAGAAUAAGUAUGUAUUCAUUAUUUGUAAGUUGUAAUAAGAAAGAAAAUAAUAAAAGUAUUGGUGCAUUAACAGUUAAUCGAAUUGGUGAAGUUAUUAAUAUUAUUAUCGAUGAAAAUAAUUUAUUAUCAUAUCUAACACAUUUAUCUACACAAUCAUUAGAAUUUUCAGUACUAUCAGGACAGUCUGGUCAGUCAGGACAGUCAGUUGGUACAAUGGAAAUGAGAUUUAAAGAAGUAUGUAAUGAUAUAGCAACAUGUUAUGGUAUAAAAGGAUCAGAUGAAAUAUUAAUUGAAUUAUUUGAGAAAUAUUUUAAUAAUGAACAAUAUAAACAAGCUGCACAAAUUGUUGCUACACUUAAAUCUAAUAAAUUAAGGACAUAUGAUAUUAUACAAAGAUUUAAAAAUAAAUCUACUGAAACAGGAAAUGCGUUAAGUUAUUAUUUUAGUAUAUUAUUAGAAGUGGAUAAAUUGAAUGAAAUAGAAAGUAUAGAAUUAAUAAAACCAGUAAUACUACAGAAUCGUAAAGAAUUAAUAAAAAAAUGGUUGGAAAAUAAUAAAUUAACUGAAUCAGAAACAUUAGGUGAUUUAAUAUAUGAAAUUGAUUAUACUAUAGCAUUUAAAAUUUAUAAUAAAUUACAUUUAUAUCAAAAAGCUAUUAAUUGUUUAUUAUAUCCAAUUACUUCCGUUACGGUGACUGGUACACCAAACAGUAUUACUACCACUGGUCCAACGUCCACCACCUCUACUACUACUACUCAUACUACUACUACUACUCAUACUACUACUACUACUCACACUACUACUACUAAUGAAAAACAAAUAGAUAUAAUAAUAAAUUAUAUAUAUAAAAUAAUUAAUAUGGUUGGUAUGGAUGGUAUAACAAUAUUUACAAAUGAAUUAAAUGAGAAAAUUAUUAUUAUUAAUCAAUUGAAAUUUGAUUUUAUUAUUAAUCAACUUGAUAAUAAUUUAUUAAUUAAAUUUAUUAAUAAUUUGUUAAUUCCAAUUAAUAUUUCACGUGACGGUGUCAGUAUCACGGCAAACAAUAGUACCAAGAGAAGUAGUACCACCGGCCCCGAAAGGGGCCACCUUAAUACUAACUCUACUACUACUGGUAAUACUACUAGUAAUAAUACUAUUAGUAGUAUUGAUGAUAUUAUAGAUACUAAUACUAAUGAUAAUAUUAAAGGAACCUCUUUUGGGGGUGUCGUUGGAGCAAGCACCGUAACGGGCACCGUAACGGUCGAAAAUGUUCUAUUAUGUAAUAUAAUAGAAAUAAUGGAAAAAUUAAUAGAAAUGAAAAAAUUAAAAGAAAUGAAUGAAAUAUUAUUGGAUUAUUUAAAAGAAGAUUUAGAAAUACAUGAGAAAUUACAAACAAGAUUAUUACAAGUAAAUAUAGAAAAUGAUAAAAGAAUUGGUGAAGAAAUAUUAAAAUUAGAUAUUUUAACAAAAUUUAAUAAAAAUUAUAUAGCAAAAUUAUGUGAAGAUAAUGAAUUAUAUGAAUAUUCUUUAAAAUAUUAUAAUGAUAUUACUAAUAUUAAACGUAUAUUAAUUAAAGGUAUUUAUUUCUUAUCACAAAAUAUUAUUAAUCAAACUUUAUUAACAUUUAAUAUACAAGAUUCUUUAUAUUUUUUACAACAAUUACAUAAUGAAUACAUUGGUAUAAGUGGAGGAGUUGGGGAUGUAAGUAGAGAAUUUGAGGGAGAAUUUGGAGGAGAAUUUGAAGAGAAAUUUGAUGAGAAAAAUAGAAAAGUUGAAGAAAAAGUUGAUAGAUUAGAGAAUAUAAUAAUAAAUAUUUGUUUAAUAUUAUAUAAUAAAAUAAAUUUAAAAGAAUUAACAAAUAUAUUAACUAAUAAAUUAUUUUAUAAAUUUUUUAAAAAAUUAUCUAAACAAGAAUUGGAUGAAGAUAUAAAUGAGAUAAUAAUACGUUAUAUGAAAUUAUGUAUAGAAUAUAAUGAUAUAAUAGAAUUAGAAAAUAUAUUAUUAUAUAAUAAUAAUUUUAAUUUAUUUGAUGCUAAAGAAUUAAUUAAAAAUUCACAACUUUCUACUACUAAACCUUUUAUUAUUAUUUGUUAUCGUUUAAAUAAUAUACAAGAAUUAUUAUUAUUUUUAUUUAAUUAUUAUGAUACGGUGCUUGCUCAACCAGAUACUAAUAGUACUAAUAACCUAACUACUAGUACUAUAGGUACAGUUGUACCUGGUAUUAAGGAUACUACUACAGUUGGAGCAAGCACCGUAACGGGCACCGUAAAGGAAGAAUUAAUAUUAAAAGAUAUAAAAAUAUUAUUAGAAAUGAAUCCAAAAUUAUUAACUGAAGUAAUAAUAAUAUUAUUAGAAUUAUCAGAAGAAUUAAUAAAUAAAAUUUUAAUCAAUAUAACCAAUAUAACAUUAUUAAAAGAGAUAAUAAAAUUAAUAGAAGAACGACAUCAAUUGAUAAUAUUGAAACCAUUUUUAGAAAUGAAAUGUAAAGAAAUAAAUGAACCAAUAUUACAUACAGCAUUGAUGAAAAUAUAUAUAACACUUGGUGAAAAUCCAGAAGAUUAUUUAAUUAAUAAUAAAUAUUAUUUAAAAGAAGAAAUUGCUAAUUAUUGUCAAGACAUUGAUUUACAAUUAUCAUUACUCAUUUAUAAACAUAAUUCUAUGUAUGAACAUUUUAUUAAAUUCUCUUUAAAACAUCAACUUUAUAAAUCUUUAUAUCAAUUUCUAUUAAAAGAAUCUAAUAUUAAAUUUUAUCAAUAUUAUUAUUCUAACUGUAAUGAUAUGAAAGAAAUAAUAAAAUUAUGUAUUGAGAAUUGUAAUAGUAUUGAAAUAAGUGUAUUAAUAAAGUUUUUAUUAUCGGAAAAUUUAAAUGAAGAUUUAAUCAUAUUAUUAGAAGGUUUAUUAUUAAAUCAAACUGAAUUCACUAAUAAUAGUAAUUUACAAAAUCUUUUAUUAGCUACUACUAUUAAAACUUAUUCUAACCAACUAGACGAUCUUAAUCAACUAGAUUAUUACAGUAGAUCGGAUUCUAAUAAACUGGAUUCUAAUAAACUUGAUGAUUCCAUUAGACUAGAUUCCACUAAACUGGAUGAUUCUACUAAAUUCAGUGACUCCACAAAACUCAAUGAUCCUAACCAAUUGGAUGGUCCUGGUAAAUUGGAAUAUUAUUUGAAUAAACUUAAUAAUUAUGAUGUAAAUUCAUUAGCUAAACUUGCUAAUGAUUUAAAAUUACAUUAUUCAGCAUUUCUUAUUUAUAAUAAAUCUAAUAAAUAUAAUGAAGCUUUUAAUCAAUUAAUAUUAUUACAUUCUAAAAGUACAGAGGGGACUAAGGUUGAGGUUAAGGGAGCUAGGAGUGAGGAGGUUAAGGAAGUUACUAAGAGUGAAAGUACUAAGGAUAGUGAAGAUACAGUAGGACCAAGCACCGUAACGGAAAAAAUAUUAAAAUUAAUGUAUAAAUAUAGUGAAGAAAUAAAUAAUGAAAUGAUCUGGUUCAAAUUAGGUAAAAUAUAUUUAGAAAAUAAUAAAUUAAAAGAAAGUAUCAAUUGUUAUUUAAAAAGUAAAAAUUUUACACAUCAUCAUGAAAUUAAACUCAAACUAAUGAAUAACCAAAUGAAUAACCAAAUUAAUAACCAAAAUAAUAAUGAGAAUGAUGAAUUAUUAUUAUUUUGGUUAUUGGAGACGAAUAAAAUUAAACCAACAUCUGAACUUAUUAUUGAUCUUUUAAUCCAUUUAGCUAAAUUACGUUUUUUACAACAUUUCAAUUUUUUAAUUAAUUCCUCCGUUACGGUGACUGGUACCACGGGUACAGGUACAGAGGUUACUGGUACAGUUGUACCUGGUUCCAGUACUACCAUUGGAGCAAGCACCGUUACUGAGGGAAAGGGAGCUAAUUCUACAGCUAUGGAGUGUCCUACUCCCACUCCCACUACUAAGAAUACUAUUGGUAUAAUUGGAACUGAUCCUGUAACGGAUUUAAGUAAUAUUUCAAUUGAUAAUAUGAAAAUAGAUUUAAAUAUUGUAGGAAAUGAAUUAAUAAAAUUGGGAUUAUAUAUGGAAGCAAUACAAGUAUUUAUAAAGAUGAAUAAUUAUAAUAAAUUAGCAAUUUGUUAUAUAGAAAUUAAUAAAUAUAAUGAAGCAUGUGAAGCUGCACUCAUGUCCAAAAAUCCUAAAAUACUCAAACAAACAUUUGAUUAUUUAAUUCAACAUUUUGGAAAUGUGGAUAAUAAAUUAUUGAAUAGAGUUGGUAUAGAAUUAUUGAAUUAUCCAGAGUUUCUAGUGAGUGUAGUAGCAAGUUAUGAGAGUAUGGGACUAUUUGAUGAUUUGAUCGAGUUGUUAAGAAAUACGACAAAAACAGUAGCGACAUCAACUGAGUUGGCGAUUUGUAUAGCCAAAUAUCAUCCAGAAGAGUUAAUGGAGCAUCUAAGGAACGUUGCAUUUGAGUCAAAUUCAUUGAAUAUAUCCAAGACGGCAAGAGAAUGUAGUAAUUUAUGGCUAUGGCGAGAGGCGGUGUUUCUAUACACCAUCGACGACUCAGAUAAGGCGAUUUUGUCCAUGAUACUACAUCCAGAAUGUUUUGAAGAGCAACUGUUCUUCCGUACACUAGCCAACGUAAGUAAUACUGAAGUGAUUUACAAGGCAUUAUAUUUCUAUAUCCAGCAGUAUCCAACAGCUGUUAACAAGUUAUUAUCAUGUGUCAAGUUUAAACUUGAUACAGGACGUGUGAUUAAGAUUCUAAGGAAUAAUAAUUGUCUACAAUUGGCCAAGGAAUAUUUCCAACAGUCUGACCGUAACUCACAACAAAUCAAUGAUACAUUAUAUGAAAUAUACGUUGAAGAACAUGACUUUGAAUCAUUAGAACAAGAUGUGAGCAAGUAUAUAAACUAUGAUUAUAUGAAAUUGUGUACAUUAUUGGAAGAACAUCCACUAGCAAGAAUGCGUGAAAUUGGAGCUAAAAUAUUAUCUAGACAUAAUCAUUAUUCAAGAGCAUCAAUAAUAUAUAUGAAGAAUAAUAAUUAUAUCAAGGCUAUAGAUUGUGCAAGAUUAUCUAAAUCUACACAACUAGUCCAUGAAACUAUAAAUAAUUUAAUAUUAAAGGAGGAAUUAAAUUAUUUAUUAGUAGCAUUGGUUAUUAAUUUUCAUUUAUUAGACUUGCCAAUGGUAUUAGAAUCUGUUUGGUUAAAUAAUGUUAAUUUAGAUGUCAUUAUGCCAUUAAUAAUACAUUUACAACGAUUUAUUAAUUAUAAAAAACCAAAUUCACAUUAA